UGAUGAAUUGUAGGAAAGGAUAGGAGAGACCGAAUCAAUUUAACCGGUACACUAGUACGCUGUACAAUUGCAUCAAGUACAGAAGUUGAAAAGGAGAUCCUGAUCUGAAGAGUUAUCAGAACAAGUCUGCGCACAUGCGCAGCCGUGAACGCACACGGCAGUUUGUAAAUUUAUUAAUCAUAAUUGCGCUUUUUUUCACUUGUUCUUUAAAAUAGUUCCAUAUUAACUUGCACUGUAUGUUGUUCUGUUAAUGUUGUUCUUUAACCAUUCCCUGAAAAUUGUAAAUUAAUCCAUUAUCGAUUAAUCAAUUGUUAAACUUAAAAAUAAAUUAAAAAAACGACCCUAUCAGGCACAUCCAACUUUUGCUUGUGCGUUAUCUACAAAAAAUGAAAAUAUUCAGAUAUUGUACAAGACUUUGUUUCCAGGAUUAAGCAUAAAAAUAAAAUACUUUUUUUUCAAAAUGUUUGCAAUUAUUUCAGAUAAAAAAUGGACAUUGAGGAACCUGGAAAAAAUAAGAAGAGAAGGAGCAGAAAGAAGUCCUCCAAAAUGAAUUCUGAAACCAAUGAACAGGAAACUGGAGAACAGCAACCAGAUAAUGGAGGUAAAGGUGGAGGGUCUGGAAGAGGAAGAGGUGGGAAUGGAGUCGGAAGAGGUGGUAAUGGAGCCGGAAGAGGUGGAAAUGGAGCCGGAAGAGGUGGUAAUGGAGCCGGACGAGGAUGGAAUGAAGCUGGAAGAGUAGGAAAUGGUGCCGGAAGAGGUGGGAAUGAAAGUGGAUGGACUGGAAAUGGAAAAGGCGGAAAUAAUGUCGGAAGAGGCGGAAAUAGCGAUGGUAGAGGCGGAAACAAUAGCGGGUUCGGAGGAAGGCCACAGUUUUGUGAAAGUAACAACGGUUGGAGAGGAGGGAACAAUCAAUUUGAAUACUAUAUGGACCCGGCUAUCAUUCAGUCACGUGGUCUAGCCGUCAACAACAUAGGACCUGGAGCCCUUUUAGAGGGAACUUUAAGGAUAAAUCCUAAAUCUUACGAGGACGGGUUUGUUUGUGCGCCAGACAGUACAUCAGAUAUUUACAUUCGUGGCAUCAGGGACAGGAACCGAGCUCUGCAGGGGGAUUCUGUAAUCAUUGAGGUGAAUCCACUCAACAUGUGGAAUGUGCUAAAUGAAACCAUUCAGGACUACCUUGAUACUCAAGGGUCUGAGGAGGAUUUUAAAAUACUUCUAGAGGGAGCUACCAUCAAUAUGAAGAAGGAGAGGGGUGAGGAGGCCGAGGGAGAAGAGGUUGAUAAUAAACAACCUGAAACCAAAACCAAAGAAGCAGAAGUUGAAGCUGUAAAAGCAGAAGCUGCUUCGCAACCCAAAUCUGGAUCUGGACACAAAUCCGCAAAAAUCCCGCUUGAACCUGAAACAACAGCUGAACUGGUCGUAGCUGCUCGAUCCUUAGCUGCUGCCGUCGCUGCAACAGAAGCUCCUGAGUACGGUGAAGACUGGGGGAAGAAGCCAGUAUCUGAAUCUCCUUGGGAUGUUGCAGAGUUCAAGGUUGAUACCUUCGCUCAGGAUAUUUUAGUUCAGGUUCAAGAAGGGAAGAAGACAAGAAGAGGCCCGAGAAAAGGGAAAGGAGCUUCUAGUCAACCUACAGGAGAAGUAGUGGCACCAGAUGAACUGGAAGGAUUGGAAGAUAUUGAGGGUAGUGGAGUGGAUAGUGAGCACAGUAGUGAUGAUGAUCUAGAACAGAAGAUUGAAGUGGAGGCUGAGAGGCUUGCCAACCUUGGUCUUAAUCCUGACAAGAUCUUUGAGAAACAGUUCGGAGUUGCUGUGUCAAGUUCAGAUAUUAAUAUAAGUCUUGAAGAAGAAAUUAAAGAGUCUGACGAAGACGUGGUUGUGGAAGGUGUAGAGGGAGAAGAGGUAAAGAAGAAGGAAAAGAAAACAAGGAGAAGGAAAAGAGGGAAGCCUAAGAAAGGAAUUAAAGAAGGAAAUGGGAGCAAAUCUGAUUUAAAUGAUUCAGUUGAAAUCGAAACGAAAAGUGCUCAGAAACCUGCAAGAUUUAACAAACCAGCCAAGGUACCCCGAGUGGAGUACAGGAUUGAGAAUGUGAUGCUGCAUCCCCUCGCCUUCUCCUUUGUUCAGCGCACCGGCAGGGUCGUCAACAUACUGGAGUUCAAACACUCCAUAUACUCACUUCACUUCUCCUAUUAG